AGACAGGGUCUUGCCAUGUUGCCCAGGCUGCUCUCGAACUCCUGAGCUCAAACAGUCCAUCCCACCUCAGCCUCCCAAAGUUCUGGGAUUACAGGCAUGAGCCAGUGGGUGUUUCUUAAUGAAUGUUGAUUAUAUUCUAUAAUAUUUCUGUCCUUCUUUUCAUCCUCCCUUCUCUUAGCAUUUUCUAAAACAUGCUUUUAAUCAUAUUACUACGCUGAUUAAGAAACUCUUUUCUUUCUUUAAGAGACAGGGUUGGGGGGUAGGUCUCACUUUGUUGCCCAGACUGGAGUGCAGUGGCACAAUCACAGCUCACUGUAGCCUCGACCUCCUGUGGUCAAGCAGUUCUCUCACUUCAGCCUCCUGAGUAGCUGGGACUGCAGGCACCACCACACUUGGCUAAUUUUUUAAUAUUUUGCAGAGAUGGGUUCUCAACAUGUUGUCCAGGCUGGUUUUGAACUCCUGGGUUCGUGCGAUCCACCUGCCUUCUGCCUCUGCCUCCCAAAGUGCUGGGAUUACAGGCAUGAACCACUACGUCCAGCCCAGAAAGUCUUAAAAGUUCUUCUUUGGGUAUAUUAUUAGCUCCUUGAAGGCAGAUAUCUUGCCAUUUUUAAUUCCUUAAAUCCUUAAUUUUUAAUUCCUUAAUUCCUUCAUUACAGAUAUUGGAGGCAAUCAUACUUUGCCCCUCAGCAUUACUUGGUUUCAGUUGUAGUAGAGUUGUCUAUGAUUCUCUUUUUACCCUCUGCCUAGGACCUGAAUUUUCAGGUUGGCUAGUGAAGGACCUUUUUUUUUUUUUUUUUUUUUGAGAUGGAGUCUUGCUCUGUCGUUCAGGCUUGAGUGCAGUGGCGCGAUCUCAGCUCACUGCAACCACCACCUCCCUGGUUCAAGCAAUUCCCUUGCCUUAGCCUCCCGUGUGGCUGGGAUUAUGGGCGCACGCCACCAUGCCCGGCUAAUUUUUUUAUAUUUUUAGUAGAGACGGGGUUUCACCAUGUUGGCCAGACUGGUCUCGAACUCCUGACCUUAGGCAAUCUGUCUGCCUCGGACUCCCAAAGUGCUAGGAUUACAGGCCUGAGCCACCGCACCUGGCCGGAGGACUUUUUGUAAAAACAAAACAAAACAAAAACAAGCAUCUUUUGCAACUCAGUCUGUAUGUAGCCCUUAUUUUAUGAAUGUUCUUUAUUAUAUUGCUAUUUUAAACAAGGCCAUAGUCCAGGAGUUUGUUCAUGGUAGUGGUUUCAUCUGAAGAGUGAGGUCUUUCUUUUUGUCAGUUGACAGAGGAUGUUUUAGAAAUCAGAACUGAAAGGAUUGGAUCUGAAUAGAUUGGAUGAGGAAGUUUGUCUUGGUGGAUUCUGUUACUUAAGUUGUGCCAAUCUUUGGGGUUCUGCUGUAGACAUCUGAAAAGUGCAUGAGGUGCCAGCCUUUCCCCUAUCCUCAGCAUAUAGUAGGCACUCAGAUAUUUGCUGAAUAGGAAGGUGUGCAUGUAAAUGAGAUAGUGCCUAUGUGUUUAUAGAACAAUCUAGGAUCAAAACUGUGUACAUUCUAGGCCAGACUAUUUAAUUGCAUGCAUUCUCUCUAGUUUUUUGUUUGUUUCCCCUUAAUAUUCAGAAAAAUCUACUUGAACGUGCAGCCUAGGAAAAUCAAGGCAAAGACUUUUGUGUUAGGCUGGACCAAUAAGUUGAGCUAUGAUAACUGAAAAAGGUGGAACUUAGGAGCAUCACUUUAGCAGUUAGCUUGUCAUUCUUAAACCUUGGGUUAUAUAUGGAUGCCUUUUAAAGGAGGAAAUUUUUUACAUUAUCCAAAGUAUACAACCAAGAACUUUAGUAUGAGAAUACUGCAUUAAAAGUUGAAUGUAACCAUUUAAGUGGUUACUCAAAGCAAACAAAAAAUAAAAAAGAAAAACAAGUGGUUACUUGGUACCUGCAUGAUGGUAAAUCCAAACUGGAUCCCUGAAAUGCGUGUGGUGGUAUGAUUAUUUUUAGAAUAUCAUCUAAAAACACUUAAAAGUUCUCAUAGGACCUUCAGAUUCUUGACAUCUCCCAACCCCUCUAGGUUAGGCAGACUCUACUUUGAAAAACUAUGGAUAGUUUUCCUCUCCCACCGAGAUAUGUAGUACUGAAUCUUCAAAGUUCAGCGUUUUUUGUUUGUUGUUGUUUUUUUAAGUAUCUAGUAUUUAGUUAUAUGUUUGCCUGGUGUAGGGAAAGAGUACCAAAAGAGAAUCUCCAUUCCUCUUCUUCCCGAGUUGUCCUCACAGAUCCCCCAGUUAGAGAGAUCAUUUGGGUUAACUUGUCUCUUUGGGGAUGCAUGGUUGUUAACCAGUCAUUCACACCUUGUGAUCAUAUGUUUUAAUGCUAAAUCAACAUAAAUUUACUUCUUCCCCAGAAAAUGGAAAAUUUUUAUGAGGAAAUCUCAGAUCCUUGAGAGGAAGGCAUUCUUGGUAAGGUGGGAGAUUCUGACAGGGCAGCUUGUAGGAAAGAGUUUCUUGGGGUCAGGGAAGAGGAUGAAGGUGUUAAACUGUUACUUUUCAAUUUUGCCUAGGAUCUUGAAUGCUCUUGCUGACUGUGCCUGACUUGGGGUUUCAGAAUGCCUUCAGAAGUCUCCAAAGUAGCCUACACGUUUUCUAGUUCAGACUAUUCCAGCAGUUUCUGUCCAUGUUGUUGUUUAUCUCCUCAGGAAGAGCAAAGUGUAGAGAAAUAUGACCUUCCUAAGUAAAAAGUAGGUCAGAUCAGUAGUGUUGGAUAAGCCUCCUUCUGUUGACUCCUUCCUCUUAGUCUCCUCGUUCUCCUUCAUAGUGUUUUGUAUUGUCACCUAGCAUGUCACGUAGUAGGUUCUCAGUGCUUGCUAAUUCUUAUGAAAGAAAGCAGUUUUGGAUCAUUGACCACAAAAUCUGCUCUCCUACUCCCUACUUCUUUUUUGCCUCUUAAGAAACUACGCUUCCUUUUUACUGGUGUCAGGAGCACAGAAGAAAGAACAGCUGGUAAGGAAUAGAGAAGGAGAAAGAUAACUACUUUUUGAAGGUUAGGAGAAAUACUGUCCAUUGAUUUACUUCAGCAACUGCCUGACACAUAAUAGAUAUUCAGUAAUACUUUCUUUGCACCUCAUAGCUUAAAUGUCUUGAAGAAACAAAAAUUGAAUGCACAGGAUCAAGGCACUAAAGCUUAGAUAACACACUGCUGCAUCGUUUCCCUGUUUUAUCAAGAUAUCUUUCAUCUUUAUAUCAGGCAAUUUAGUGGCAACUCUUCGCUUUCCAACUGCGCACUGAGUCGGUCUCCUCCCCAUUUUCCUAGUCGUCUUCGGUUGUGGAUGUUGUAAACUCGACCAUCCAUCUCUCAAGGUCUUUGCUUCAAGGUUUCCCAGUGCUCUGGAGCUGUCCAAGCCCCGGAGGUACUCCGGGGAGGAAGACCUCAGAUUCAUUUGACGGGCUUGUGGAGGUUGGGGGUCUGCGGAGCCCCGUGUGGGUGGGGCUGGGCGCGGCCGGGGCGGGGCCGGCGAGGAGCCCUAGGGAAAGGGUGAAAGGCACAGUUGAGAAAGGCCCGCCGGGCAUUGGUUUCACAGUUUCCACGAAGGCUUCGUGUGCAAGCCUGAGGAAUCUAGGUGCCUCCCUCCUGCCUCGCCUUUCUUGAUUCUAGAAGCUUCAGUAGGCUUUUCUGGGUUGCAGGGACCCGGAAGGGCAGCGGCUUCCACUCUGGGGGCGGGUCCCAAGGGUCUUGCUGCUGCUCUGGGGCCGUUUGGACUCCCGGUGUUGGGGGAGGGGUCAGGGAGGUGCUGCUCGCGUCUCCUUUUGCGCCUGCGCGGCGGGCUCCGAGCGGGUAGGAGCGCGUGCGCGGUGACGUGGACGUCCGGUGCGCGCGCGCAGGCUCUUCAGCUGGAGCGGACACACGGUGUGCGAACCGAACAGAAUAACCCGCCCCCAGCGGGAUGUGAAGGACUCCGGGUGAGGCCGGCCACGCCCCGCACGGAUGGGAAGGCCAUUGUGACUAUGUGGUGAUUACAGUUGUCUUACUACUGAGUUUCCUACUGAAAUCAUGGAGGAGAAACAGCAGAUUAUAUUGGCUAAUCAAGAUGGUGGAACAGUAGCAGGAGCAGCACCUACCUUCUUUGUCAUCUUAAAGCAGCCAGGAAAUGGCAAAACUGAUCAAGGAAUUUUGGUUACUAAUCAGGAUGCCUGUGCUUUGGCUAGUAGUGUGUCAUCACCAGUAAAAUCUAAAGGGAAGAUUUGCCUUCCAGCUGAUUGUACUGUGGGUGGAAUCACUGUUACCCUCGAUAACAAUAGUAUGUGGAAUGAGUUCUAUCAUCGAAGCACAGAGAUGAUUCUGACCAAGCAAGGAAGACGCAUGUUUCCUUACUGUCGUUAUUGGAUAACAGGUUUAGAUUCAAAUUUGAAGUAUAUUCUUGUCAUGGAUAUAUCUCCUGUGGAUAACCAUCGUUAUAAGUGGAAUGGUCGUUGGUGGGAACCCAGUGGGAAGGCUGAACCUCAUGUUUUGGGGAGGGUUUUUAUUCAUCCAGAAUCUCCUUCCACAGGUCAUUAUUGGAUGCAUCAACCAGUAUCUUUCUAUAAACUCAAACUUACCAACAAUACACUGGACCAAGAAGGGCAUAUCAUCUUGCACUCUAUGCAUCGUUACCUGCCGAGGCUUCAUUUGGUGCCUGCAGAAAAGGCUGUGGAGGUGAUACAAUUAAAUGGCCCUGGUGUCCACACUUUUACCUUCCCACAGACUGAAUUCUUUGCAGUAACAGCUUAUCAGAACAUUCAGAUUACUCAGCUGAAAAUAGAUUACAAUCCAUUUGCCAAAGGCUUUCGGGAUGAUGGGCUGAAUAGUAAGCCCCAGAGAGAUGGAAAACAAAAGAACAGCUCUGACCAAGAAGGGAAUAAUAUUUCCAGUUCUUCUGGUCAUCGGGUCCGUCUUACAGAAGGUCAGGGGUCAGAGAUACAACCAGGUGAUUUGGAUCCUUUGUCAAGGGGUCAUGAAACAUCAGGCAAGGGUUUGGAGAAGACUUCCCUUAAUAUAAAACGAGACUUUCUUGGUUUCAUGGAUACUGAUUCAGCACUUAGUGAAGUUCCUCAAUUGAAGCAAGAGAUUUCUGAAUGUCUUAUUGCCAGCAGUUUUGAAGAUGACUCCCGUGUAGCCUCACCAUUAGACCAGAAUGGAAGCUUCAAUGUUGUUAUUAAAGAGGAACCUCUAGAUGAUUAUGACUACGAACUUGGUGAGUGCCCAGAAGGGGUCACUGUGAAACAGGAAGAGACAGAUGAAGAGACGGAUGUAUACUCAAACAGUGAUGAUGAUCCUAUACUAGAGAAACAGCUGAAGAGGCACAAUAAAGUUGACAACCCAGAAGCUGACCAUCUAUCUUCUAAAUGGCUUCCAAGCAGCCCAUCAGGUGUUGCUAAAGCUAAAAUGUUCAAAUUAGACACUGGAAAGAUGCCAGUAGUCUAUCUGGAGCCCUGUGCUGUCACCAGAAGCACAGUGAAGAUUUCUGAACUCCCUGAUAACAUGCUUUCCACAUCUCGAAAGGAUAAAUCUUCUAUGUUGGCAGAAUUGGAAUAUUUGCCUACAUACAUUGAAAAUUCCAAUGAGACUGCCUUCUGCUUAGGCAAGGAAUCAGAAAAUGGUCUUAGAAAACAUUCACCAGAUCUCAGAGUGGUACAAAAAUAUCCCUUACUGAAAGAGCCUCAGUGGAAAUAUCCUGAUAUAUCUGACAGCAUUAGCACAGAAAGAAUACUUGACGGUUCAAAGAGUUCAGUUGGAGACUCACUUUCAGGAAAAGAGGACUUGGGCAGAAAGAGAACAACUAUGCUUAAGAUUGCAACAGCCGCAAAGGUAGUGAAUGCUAAUCAGAAUGCCUCUCCAAAUGUCCCUGGAAAAAGAGGAAGGCCACGAAAAUUGAAACUCUGUAAGGCAGGACGACCACCUAAGAACACAGGAAAGUCUUUAAUUUCUACAAAGAAUACACCUGUAGGCCCUGGGAGUACCUUUCCAGAUGUGAAGCCUGAUCUGGAAGAUGUGGAUGGUGUUCUCUUUGUUUCCUUUGAAUCAAAGGAAGCUCUAGACAUUCAUGCAGUUGAUGGGACAACAGAAGAAUCUUCUAGUCUCCAGGCAUCAACCACAAAUGACUCAGGUUACAGAGCAAGAAUUUCCCAGUUGGAAAAGGAAUUGAUAGAAGAUUUGAAGUCUUUGCGGCACAAGCAGGUGAUACAUCCUGGUCUUCAAGAAGUGGGCUUAAAAUUGAAUUCAGUGGAUCCAACAAUGAGCAUUGAUCUUAAAUACUUGGGAGUACAGUUACCUUUGGCUCCAGCUACUAGCUUUCCUUUUUGGAACCUUACAGGAACCAACCCUGCCUCUCCUGAUACGGGAUUUCCCUUUGUUUCUAGGACAGGGAAAACCAAUGAUUUCACUAAGAUCAAGGGAUGGAGGGGAAAAUUUCAUAGUGCUUCUGCAUCUAGGAAUGAAGGUGGAAAUUCAGAAAGUUCACUGAAAAAUCGUUCUGCUUUCUGUAGUGAUAAGCUAGAUGAAUACUUGGAAAAUGAAGGCAAGCUGAUGGAAACAAGCAUAGGUUUCUCUUCUAAUGCUCCCACAUCUCCUGUGGUGUACCAGCUUCCCACUAAGAGUACCAGCUAUGUACGAACACUUGAUAGUGUACUAAAGAAGCAAUCUACUAUUUCCCCUUCUACCUCUUAUUCUUUGAAACCUCAUUCUGUACCCCCUGCCUCUCGAAAGGCAAAGUCUCAAAACAGACAGGCAACUUUCAGUGGCCGAGCUAAAUCAUCUUAUAAAUCCAUUUUACCAUACCCUGUUUCACCAAAGCAGAAGUACUCUCAUAUGAUUCUAGGAGAUAAGGUUACCAAGAAUUCUUCAGGCAUCAUCUCAGAAAAUCAGGCGAAUAACUUUGUUGUGCCAACUUUGGAUGAAAAUAUAUUUCCAAAGCAGAUUAGUUUGCGGCAGGCACAGCAGCAGCAGCAGCAACAGCAACAGGGAAGUCGCCCUCCAGGCUUGUCUAAAUCUCAGGUGAAGCUAAUGGACCUGGAAGACUGUGCACUUUGGGAAGGAAAACCAAGGACAUACAUCACAGAAGAGCGAGCAGAUGUAUCCUUAACAACUCUACUUACAGCCCAAGCAUCCCUCAAAACUAAACCUAUCCACACAAUCAUAAGGAAACGAGCCCCUCCCUGCAACAAUGACUUCUGUCGACUGGGUUGUGUAUGUUCCAGUCUAGCUUUGGAGAAGCGCCAACCUGCUCACUGCCGCCGACCAGACUGCAUGUUUGGUUGUACUUGUUUGAAAAGAAAAGUUGUACUUGUUAAAGGAGGAUCCAAAACUAAGCAUUUUCAGAGGAAGGCUGCCCAUCGAGAUCCAGUAUUUUAUGAUACUCUGGGAGAGGAGACAAGGGAAGAAGAAGAAGGAAUCAGGGAGGAAGAGGAACAAUUGAAAGAGAAAAAGAAGAGAAAGAAGCUAGAAUACACUAUAUGUGAAACAGAGCCUGAACAGCCUGUUCGACAUUACCCAUUAUGGGUAAAAGUAGAAGGUGAAGUAGAUCCAGAACCAGUUUAUAUCCCCACGCCUUCUGUCAUUGAGCCUAUGAAACCAUUGUUAUUGCCUCAGCCAGAAGUUUUAUCUCCUACUGUGAAGGGCAAACUGCUCACUGGAAUUAAAUCUGCACGGUCAUAUACUCCCAAACCCAAUCCUGUGAUUCGGGAAGAGGACAAAGAUCCAGUCUACUUGUACUUUGAAAGUAUGAUGACUUGUGCUCGAGUUCGAGUAUAUGAGCCAAAAAAAGCGGACCAGAGACAACCAUCUUCCUCCUCCUCCCCAUCUCCAUCAUUUCAGCAGCAGAGUUCAUGUCAUUCUAGCCCUGAGAACCAUAAUAAUGCAAAGGAACCUGAUUCUGAACAGCAGCCCUUAAAGCAACUCACCUGUGACUUGGAGGAUGAUUCUGAUAAAUUACAAGAAAAGAGCUGGAAGUCUUCCUGCAAUGAAGGGGAAUCCUCUUCUACUUCUUAUAUGCAUCAGAGGUCACCUGGUGGUCCCACCAAACUGAUUGAGAUCAUCUCAGACUGUAACUGGGAGGAAGAUCGGAACAAGAUUUUGAGCAUCUUAUCCCAGCACAUCAAUAGCAACAUGCCACAAUCACUUAAGGUGGGCAGCUUCAUCAUUGAGUUGGCUUCUCAGCGAAAGAGCCGGGGUGAGAAGAACCCUCCUGUUUAUUCUUCUCGUGUGAAAAUCUCUAUGCCAUCAUGUCAAGACCAAGAUGAUAUGGCUGAGAAAUCUGGAUCAGAGACUCCUGAUGGUCCAUUGUCCCCUGGGAAAAUGGAGGAUAUCUCUCCUGUGCAGACAGAUGCCCUGGAUUCAGUGAGGGAGAGAUUACAUGGAGGCAAAGGUCUGCCUUUUUAUGCAGGGCUUUCUCCUGCAGGGAAGCUUGUGGCCUAUAAACGUAAACCCAGUUCAAGUACAUCUGGGCUUAUCCAGGUUAAUGGUAAGAGUUACCCGCAGGCUAAGUUGCUAUUGGGACAGAUGGGGGCAUUGCAUCCAGCCAAUAGGCUAGCUGCUUAUAUCACAGGCAGGUUGCGACCCUCAGUCCUGGACCUCUCAACCCUCAGUACUGUCAUCUCCAAGGUAGCAUCCAAUGCCAAGGUGGCUGCAUCCAGGAAACCACGUACCCUGUUGCCUUCAACAUCCAAUUCCAAAAUGGCAUCCUCCUCUGGCACUGCAACAAAUCGCCCUGGGAAGAAUCUGAAGGCGUUUGUCCCAGCAAAACGGCCAAUUGCGGCUCGACCCUCUCCUGGUGGUGUGUUCACACAGUUUGUGAUGAGUAAAGUUGGAGCGUUGCAGCAGAAGAUACCUGGAGUUAGCACACCCCAAACCCUGGCAGGGACACAGAAGUUCAGUAUCAGACCUUCUCCAGUAAUGGUCGUCACACCUGUGGUUUCUUCUGAGCCAGUUCAGGUGUGCAGCCCUGUGACUGCUGCUGUCACUACUACCACCCCUCAAGUGUUUUUAGAAAAUGUUACUGCUGUGACACCUAUGACUGCUAUUUCUGACGUGGAAACUAAAGAAACUACUUAUUCUUCUGGUGCCACCACUACAGGGGUUGUUGAGGUCUCUGAAACUACUAAUACCAGCACCCCUGUAACAUCUACCCAGUCUACAGCCACUGUGAACCUUACCAAAACCACUGGGAUAACUACCCCUGUGGCUUCAGUUGCUUUUCCUAAGUCUUUGGUAGCAUCUCCUUCAACCAUAACUCUUCCUGUUGCUUCCACUGCUUCCACCUCCUUAGUCGUGGUGACUGCAGCUGCAUCUUCCUCCAUGGUGACCACACCAACUUCAUCUCUGGGCUCUGUUCCUAUUAUACUCUCAGGAAUUAAUGGGAGUCCACCAGUGAGCCAGAGACCAGAAAAUGCUGCUCAAAUUCCAGUGGCUACUCCACAGGUCUCUCCUAACACAGUGAAACGUGCUGGACCUCGAUUGUUGUUGAUUCCAGUGCAGCAGGGUUCUCCUACUCUUAGACCUGUCUCAAACACACAACUUCAGGGACAUCGGAUGGUCUUGCAGCCUGUUAGGAGUCCAAGUGGAAUGAAUCUAUUCAGGCACCCUAAUGGGCAGAUUGUCCAGCUUCUACCUUUGCAUCAGCUUCGAGGCUCUAAUACCCAGCCCAACUUACAGCCUGUCAUGUUUCGGAACCCAGGGUCUGUGAUGGGAAUCCGGUUACCUGCUCCUUCCAAACCCUCUGAGACUCCGCCAUCUUCCACUUCGUCCUCUGCUUUCUCUGUCAUGAAUCCUGUAAUUCAAGCUGUUGGGUCUUCUUCAGCAGUGAAUGUUAUCACUCAGGCACCAUCAUUGCUUUCCUCUGGAGCUAGUUUUGUGUCUCAGGCUGGUACAUUGACCCUGAGGAUUUCUCCUCCUGAACCACAAAGCUUUGCAAGUAAAACAGGCUCUGAAACCAAAAUAACCUAUAGCUCAGGAGGACAGCCUGUUGGUACAGCCAGUCUUAUUCCUCUCCAGUCUGGUAGUUUUGCCUUGUUACAGCUCCCAGGACAAAAGCCUGUUCCUAGCUCCAUUCUUCAACAUGUUGCUUCCCUUCAGAUGAAGAGAGAAUCUCAGAAUCCAGACCAGAAAGAUGAAACAAACUCAAUAAAAAGAGAGCAAGAAACGAAGAAGGUUCUACAGUCAGAAGGAGAGGCUGUAGACCCUGAGGCUAAUAUAAUAAAACAAAACUCAGGAGCUGCUACCUCAGAAGAAACUCUGAAUGAUUCCUUGGAAGAUAGGGGUGAUCAUUUGGAUGAAGAAUCCCUUCCAGAAGAAGGUUCUGCAACUGUCAAACCAUCUGAGCAUUCCUGUAUCACUGGGUCACAUACAGAUCAAGAUUAUAAAGAUGUUAAUGAAGAAUAUGGGGCUAGGAAUCCUAAGAGUUCCAAAGAAAAAGUGGCUGUUCUAGAAGUUAGGACCAUUUCUGAAAAAGCCAGUAAUAAGACAGUCCAAAAUUUAAGUAAAGUACAGCAUCAAAAACUUGGUGAUGUGAAGGUGGAACAGCAGAAAGGAUUCGACAAUCCAGAAGAAAACUCAAGUGAAUUUCCAGGCUCCUUUAAGGAAGAAAGUAAAUUUGAAUUGUCAGGAAGCAAAGUUAUGGAGCAGCAAUCUAAUCUACAGCCAGAGGCCAAAGAGAAGGAAUGUGGAUACUCUCUGGAGAAAGACAGUAUUAGGGAAAGAUGGAGAAAACAUCUGAAGGGCCCUUUAACCAGGAAAUGUGUCGGAGCUUCACAGGAAUGUAAGAAAGAGGCAGACGAGCAGUUAAUUAAAGAAACAAAGACAUGUCAGGAAAAUUCAGAUGUGUUUCAGCAAGAACAAGGCAUCUCUGACUUACUUGGAAAAAGUGGAAUUGCUGAAGAUGCCAGAGUUUUGAAAACUGAAUGUGAUUCUUGGAGUAGGAUUUCUAAUCCUUCAGCCUUCUCCAUUGUUCCUAGGAGAGCCGCAAAAAGCAGCAGAGGGAAUGGACAUUUUCAGGGUCACUUACUGCUACCUGGAGAACAGAUACAACCAAAGCAAGAGAAGAAGGGUGGGAGAAGCAGUACUGACUUCACUGUUUUGGAUUUGGAAGAAGAUGAUGAAGAUGAUAAUGAGAAAACCGAUGAUUCUAUUGAUGAAAUUGUGGAUGUUGUUUCUGACUACCAGAGUGAGGAGGUUGAUGAUGUAGAAAAGGUGAAUAACUGUGUAGAAUACAUUGAGGAUGAUGAGGAGCACGUGGACAUUGAGACUGUAGAAGAGUUCUCAGAGGAAAUCAGUGUUGCUCACCUGAAGACCACAGUGGCCCACACACAGUCAUUCAAACAGCCGUCCUGUACUCACAUCUCUGCAGAUGAAAAAGCAGCUGAAAGGAGUCGAAAGGCUCCACCAAUUCCUCUAAAACUGAAGCCUGAUUACUGGAGUGACAAACUACAGAAAGAAGCAGAAGCGUUUGCUUAUUAUCGCCGGACACACACUGCCAAUGAGCGGCGGCGGCGUGGUGAAAUGAGGGAUCUCUUUGAGAAAUUAAAGAUCACAUUGGGAUUACUUCAUUCUUCCAAGGUUUCCAAAAGUCUCAUUCUUACUCGAGCCUUCAGUGAAAUUCAGGGACUAACAGAUCAGGCAGACAAAUUGAUAGGACAGAAAAAUCUCCUGACUCGAAAACGGAAUAUUCUGAUACGGAAAGUAUCAUCUCUUUCAGGUAAGACAGAAGAAGUGGUCCUGAAGAAGCUAGAGUAUAUUUAUGCAAAACAGCAAGCACUAGAGGCACAAAAAAGAAAAAAGAAGAUGGGAUCAGAUGAGUUUGACAUGUCUCCCAGAAUUAGCAAACAGCAGGAAGGAUCUUCUACAUCAUCUGUAGAUCUUGGGCAGAUGUUUAUAAAUAACAGGAGGGGGAAACCUUUGAUUCUUUCCAGAAAAAAAGACCAGGCCACAGAAAAUACGUCACCCUCGAACACUCCACACACCUCUGCCAACCUUGUGAUGACUCCGCAAGGGCAAUUGCUCACCCUAAAAGGUCCCCUAUUCUCAGGACCAGUGGUAACUGUUUCUCCUGAUCUCUUAGAAUCUGAUCUUAAGCCUCAAGUUGCCGGUAGUGCUGUGGCUCUACCAGAAAACGACGACUUAUUUAUGAUGCCACGAAUUGUUAAUGUGACAUCAUUGGCCACAGAGGGAGGUUUGGUAGAUAUGGGUAGCAGCAAAUAUCCUCAUGAAGUUCCUGAUGGCAAGCCAUCUGACCAUCUGAAAGACACCGUCAGGAAUGAAGAUAAUUCCUUAGAGGAUAAGGGUAGAAUCUCUUCCAGAGGAAACAGAGAUGGCAGAGUGACGUUGGGUCCAACGCAGGUUUUUCUGGCAAACAAAGAUUCUGGUUAUCCACAAAUAGUUGACGUUUCCAGUAUGCAGAAGGCACAAGAGUUCUUACCUAAAAAGAUUUCUGGUGAUAUGAGAGGGAUUCAGUAUAAAUGGAAAGAGAGUGAAUCAAGAGGGGAGAGAGUGAAGUCAAAGGAGUCUUCAUUUCAUAAAUUAAAGAUGAAAGAUCUCAAGGACUCAAGCAUAGAGAUGGAACUGAGGAAAGUAACAUCAGCUAUAGAGGAAGCAGCUCUUGAUUCCAGUGAACUGCUAACUAACAUGGAAGAUGAGGAUGAUACUGAUGAGACACUGACUUCACUGCUCAAUGAAAUUGCUUUUCUUAAUCAACAACUAAAUGAUGACUCUGUUAGCCUGGCUGAACUACCCAGCUCUAUGGAUACAGAGUUCCCAGGGGAUGCUCGGCGGGCUUUUAUUAGUAAGGUUCCUCCUGGAAACAGAGCAGCUUUCCAGGUUGAGCACUUGGGAACUGGUUUGAAAGAGUUGCCUGAUGUUCAAGGGGAGAGUGACUCUAUCAGUCCCCUCCUCUUGCACUUGGAAGAUGAUGACUUUUCUGAGAAUGAAAAACAACUUGCAGAACCAGCCUCUGAGCCAGAUGUCCUUAAGAUUGUUAUUGACUCUGAAAUAAAGGAUUCCCUACUUUCCAAUAAAAAAGCUAUUGAUGGAGGGAAGAAUACUUCUGGCCUCCCUGCAGAGCCCGAAAGUGUGUCCUCACCCCCCACCCUACACAUGAAGACUGGCUUGGAGAACAGCAACAGCACAGAUACUUUGUGGAGGCCUAUGCCAAAGUUGGCCCCUCUAGGUUUAAAAGUAGCUAAUCCUUCCAGUGAUGCAGAUGGUCAGAGUCUCAAGGUGAUGCCUUGUUUGGCACCUAUAGCUGCCAAAGUUGGGUCAGUUGGACACAAAAUGAACUUAACAGGGAAUGACCAGGAAGGCCGGGAAAGCAAGGUGAUGCCUACGUUGGCACCUGUUGUGGCUAAAUUGGGCAACUCGGGGGCCUCACCAAGUUCUGCAGGGAAAUGAACUUACUUGUCCUUAAGCAGAAGCCAGGCUGUGAGGGGAAAUUGAUCUCACCUCCUUUCUCUGCAGGCAUCUGUUUGUUUGUGUCUUAGAACUUGGAUCCUCGACUUCGAUGAUGCAGUGGAUAAUGAUGGGAGAAAGGGGGGUAGGGUGCUGACCCUGGUAUAAGAAGUACUCUGAAAUUCUGAUCAUGUUAAAAUGUGUUACCUCACUUGUGGUGCUGGGUCCCCUCAUCCUCUCUAAGAAGAUGUGAUCCAUUACUGAACAUGAGGUGCCCCUCUUACCCAAGGAAUUUAUAACAUGACUGGCUCCACAGUGGUUUCUAGUUCUUCCCCCACAAGCGAAAGAGCUGUUUGCAACUUUGGAGUUGCUGUAGACUGAACUGUAGCUUGUAGCUGUUGAAGUGAGUCCGAAAUCUAAGGAAUGUGAUGGACUUGUGCAAAGGGAUCCAGAAGAGACACUUUUUAGCUGAUGUUUCAAGAAUAGGGAGAGAGAGGAUGGGUACCAUGGAAUACCAAAGUGAAGGACUUUGUGUCAUUCAGCAAAAUUUUCUUUUUUCGUAUCCCAAGUAGCUCCCAUUCCCUCACCUUUUCAAUCAGAAUUAACAAAUUCAAGCCUUCGGUAAAGUAGGGAUGCUUUUAACUUUUAUUAUUAAGUUAAUUAUUUUGAGAUCUUAAAAAAAUAGUAGUUCUCCCUUAUUAUUUUUGUGGGCAUUGAAAAGCUCAUUUCACAGUACCAGGGAUUUUUACUGGGAGUAUAUAUUUUGGAGGUAGGCAUAGAGGGAGCCCUACCCCCUCCACAAAUUACGUCACUCAAGAGACAGCUUAAAUAAAAUGCAUUAUCUCCCCAGACCAGAGACAGUGGCCAAAAUAAAAAAUCAUGGGGCUGGAAAUUUCCCAAAUCAAACCAGCCUCCUGGUGCUUGAAGGUUUCAUUCACUAUUACCUGCACAGGAUGUAAAGAAAAGUCACAGUAGGCACUCUUUACCAGGGAAAUAAGGCAGUAUUUGAAUCACAAGAUAUAUUUUUUAUCUGCAACCAUGGAUUCAAUGAUCUGUAGAGCUUUUUCACUCAUUAGCUGUCAGGAUAUGAAGGACUGACAGUCUGUAAAGAUAUUUAUAUUUUUGUAUAGUUGUUUUCAUAGAUUUCUCAAAGGCUGAAGUUUUCAACCUAGAAGAUGAGAUUUGUAUUGAGUAUAGAAAUGAUGUUUCCUAUCUAGUUUGUAAAUAAUCAUGGUGCACUUGAGGGGUCUCUUGGAAACUCCUGGGGGGCAAGAAUCACUAUUCUGAAACUGUAUAGACUGGGAUUUAGCUGCUGCAUUUUGCCUUUCUUAAAUAAUUAUAUUUUGGAAUGUAACCCCUGUUCUGUCUUCAUUGACAGGAUUUGCUUGUGUUGUUAAAACACUAACACAAGAGCUUCCAGUGCCUGGGCCGUGCCUAGGUGAUGCUAUUUCUUCUAUAUCUCCUGUCUUCUUUAUCCCAAAUCCCACUCAGCGUGUCUUCAGACCUAGGUUGUAAGACCAACUUUGGAUUGGAUCUAGCCAGUGAAUUAUUAUUUCCAUGGUUGGUUCCCUUUCUGUUAACUCUGGUAAUCAACAGAUUGAAAACGGUGGAAGAACUUCCUCUGAAAAUUGCAGUGGGAGCAAAUUCUUGUUGGUUUUGUGCUGCUUGCCUUUCUAGAUCUGCUCAUCAGCACUUAACCUUCCCUCCUCUAAAGGUUACUAAAGAAGCCUGAAGUAGGUAAAGAGUGCUCCUCAGCUUCUUAUUGUCCUUCCACUCUUUACCCAGCAGAUUUCAUUCAAUGCCUUAUUCAAGGAAUCCAGCACCUGUCUCCCCUGCUGAUAAUUGUCCUUAGAGAUGCUAGUACUUUAAUCCAGGUAUAGCAGUUUCCCGUUAUUUUCUUGCUUGUCGUUCCCCUACAUUUCCUCCUGAUUUCCCAAGGCUCUUUUUGUGGCUUUUGAGGGUCAGCCAAGGAGCAGGCAAGUGAGUGAACAAUCCUCAGGAAAAGAAGGACCAUUUUAGCUUAACACUUCCUUUUUUUUUUUUUUUUUUUAAAGAAGAAUAUAGGUAAACAGGUAAUGAUUCUUGAUUGGAGAUACUACUUGACUCUUGAUGAGAGUUGUAUGAAAAUGGAAAUGAGGGAUGAUUCCAGGCGUUUUAGGGGGAAGGCUGCAGAUACCAUUCUAACCCCCAAGAUACUGUGUUCUCAAGACCUCUUAGAACUAGGUGUUGUCAGGGAUAAUUUGAGGAGGGCUUAGUCUUCAGAACAAUGCUGCAGUCUUGACAGAAAUCUAAAAUCUCCAAAAACUCCUACCCUUUAACCUUACCCUAGGGGGAACUGAUCUAUGAAUAUUACAUGUGUGAUUAUGAAAGGUGAAGUUGAGUGAGAGGAGUUGAGGAACGUGGAAGACAGUGAGCUCUCACCCUAACACUAUAAGAAGCAUGAUCUCAGUAGACCAAUAAUUCGCCUUUUUAUACAUCUGUAAAUAAAUGGAAUGUUUUUAAGAAUAUAAUUAUGUCAGAUUUAGCAUUUUCUUUUAUAUAUUAAAUAUAUAUAUAUAUCUUUC